UGGAGGCGGCACCCUAGCCGGGGCAGAGUGUUGGUCAUUUAAGAGUGGUUGAGGUUCCAGAGUAAAGCAAUUGGAAGAGUGGAAGGAAGAAGGGAGCAGGAUGACUAGACCAUUGCUUCGACGAGCUGGGCUCGGACAGUUCCUCCUGCUGUGGCUGCUGCUGCCCCCGGUGCCCGUUGCCAGGGUGGAGGCUCGGAGGACGUGGCGCUCUCCGUUCUGCCCCGCGGUCUGCGAGCCCAUGCGCUGUCCCCCGCUGCCCAGCUGCUCCGCGGGGCCGGUAAUGGACGGCUGCGGCUGCUGCCGCGUGUGCGCUGCGGCCGAGGGCGAGGUCUGCGGUGGGGCGCUCAGCCGGCCUUGUGCCCCGGGGCUGCAGUGCGGUGCGCCCUUCAGCCUCCAGCGCCGAGGUGGCACCCGGUUGGGCACCUGCGGCUGCCCCGAGACUGGGGCGGCUGUGUGCGGCAGCGACGGGCGCACCUACCCCAGCCUGUGCGCGCUCCGCGCUGAGAACCGCGUCGCGCGCCGCCGUGGGGCACUCCCGGCCCUGCCGGUGCAGAAGGGAGACUGUCAGGAUCCAGGGACCAGAAGCGCAGGCUGGCUCAGGAGCAAGUACAACUUCAUCGCAGAGGUGGUUGAGAAGGUGGCGCCAUCUGUGGUUCACUUGCUGCUGUUUCGCAGGUAAAGGAGGUCCCCUCUCGGCGGGGAGGAGAUUCCUGCAUCCAGUGGCUCUGGGUUCAUCGUGUCUGAGGAUGGGCUCAUUGUUACCAAUGCGCAUGUCCUCACCAACCGGCAGCGAAUCCAGGCAGAGCUUCAGAGUGGGGCCCAGUACAAAGCCACUGUCAAGGACGUUGACCAUAAAUUGGACCUUGCACUGAUUAAGAUUGAGCCAAAUGCUGACCUUCCUGUACUGCUGCUGGGAAGGUCAUCCGACCUGCGGGCUGGAGAGUUCGUGGUGGCCCUGGGCAGCCCAUUUUCUCUGCAGAACACAGUAACCGCAGGGAUUGUCAGCACUACACAGCGAGAGGGAAGAGAACUAGGGCUGAAGGAUUCAGACAUGGACUAUAUCCAGACCGAUGCCAUAAUUAACCACGGGAAUUCUGGGGGCCCUCUGGUGAACUUGGAUGGUGAUGUGAUUGGCAUAAAUACACUGAAGGUGACUGCAGGGAUCUCCUUUGCAAUUCCCUCAGAUCGAAUUCGACAGUUCUUGGCAGAUUUCCAUGAGCGCCAGUUGAAAGGAAAGACUCUUUCACAGAAGAAAUAUCUGGGUCUGCGGAUGCUGCCCCUCACUUUGAACCUUCUUCAGGAAAUGAAAAGGCAAGAUCCGAACUUCCCUGCUGUGAGCUCUGGGGUCUUUGUGUAUGAGGUGAUUCAAGGAACCGCGGCCGAAAGCUCUGGGUUGAGAGACCACGAUGUGAUUGUCAGCAUAAACGGGCAUCCUGUUACCACCACGACCGAUGUCGUCGAAGCUGUUAAGGACAAUGAUUCCCUUUCCGUCACGGUUCGUCGGGGAAGACGCUCUUUGGUCCUGACAGUCACACCUGAAAUAAUUGAUUAAGUAUCUUGCUACAAAGAGAAAUUAUCUAACAAAACCAAGGCUAUAUUACCUGGUUUGUAUUGAAGAUGUGCCAAAGAUG